AUGGCUGCGGCGGCACGCCCUGUUGUGAGCGGCGGCGCUGGACGCAGCACCCCGUUGUCGGAGCCCGAGCUGCAGCACCUGCGGUUCCUGAGGCGCCUUCUGGCGCUGCCGCGCAGCACCCCCGCCGCCACUAUCCUGGCAGAGGCAGGCCAGCCGCCGCUCCAUGCCCGCUGGCUGCGGCAGGCAGCCCGCCUGUGGAACAGCUUGGUGACCGCCCCUGAGGGCAGCAUGCCGCGGCUGUUCGUGCAGGCAGCGGCAGCGGUGGCAGUAGAUUGCGCAGACGUGCCGCCACAGCGUCAGCCUUGGGCCGCCCAGCUGGCGCACAGCCUCCGGGCUGUGGGCCUGACGUUUGAGCCGCUCCACAUGGACAAGAUCAGCCCGGACAGCGCGCAGCAGGCAACCUUGCGGCUCCACCUGGCGCGUGUGACGCAAGAGACGCCCGCCCACACCCGGCUGCGCCACUACUUCUGCGAUGUGCGCCCGGAGUGUUGUAGCCUGGAUGGCUAUGGCCGCCCACCGUAUGUCACGGAGGUGCGUGAGCGGCGCUGCCGCCGCGGCCUGACCGAGCUGCGCACAGGCAUGCACUGGGGGGCGGAGGAGCAGGGGCGACGCACUGGCACGCCCCGCGAGCAGCGCGUGUGCCCGCACUGCCCCGCCCUGGAUGGCCCUGGCGGCAUUGAGGACACCCGACACAUCCUGUUUGUGUGCCCCCUGUAUGCCGCCGAGCGCGAGCGCUGGCCGGAGCUGUUCCACGAGUUCCUGGGCCUGCCGCCGGCGUCCGUCCCCCUCAGCGCAUUCUUCCAGCAGAGCAACACCGAGCUGGCAGCCCUGGCGGCUGCAUGCCGCAAGAAGGCGCGGGACGCCGUGAGCCCACAGUAA